GGCCGCUGCUCAGGGACUGGCCCGACUUACCCUAAACAACUAAUCCGCUCUUUCUCCUAUCCCCACAAGCCCCAGCUUGGGGCGUACCAUUCGUGUUCAGGGGAGGUAACGCACCCCAGAGUACUCAGAAGCCUGCUCCCCUCCUUCUGAGCGGGGAAAGGCCGAGUGGUGCGGCCCGCCUCCAGCUGACCGGCCUGGAAUCCCGGCUCGGAUCCCCGGACUCGCGCCCGCCCGCGCGCCCGCUCCCUCCCCUUCCCCCCGCCCCGAGCCCCCCGACGCCGCCGCCGCUGCGUCCUUCGAGCGGGGCCCGGGCCCAGCAGUCGCCACCGCUGCCGCCAGCGAGCUCCGCCGCCGCCAAGCACCAUGGGAGACGCCGGGAGCGAGCGUAGCAAAGCGCCCAGCCUGCCGCCUCGCUGUCCCUGCGGCUUCUGGGGGUCCAGCAAGACUAUGAACCUCUGUUCCAAAUGCUUUGCUGAUUUUCAAAAGAAACAACCUGAUGAUGAUUCUGCUCCAAGUACAAGUAACAGCCAAUCAGAUUUGUUUUCUGAAGAGACCACCAGUGACAACAAUACCUCAAUAACCACGCCAACUCUUAGUCCCAGCCAGCAGCCGCUUCCGACAGAACUGAAUGUAACUUCACCAAGUAAAGAGGAAUGUGGGCCAUGCACAGAUACAGCUCAUGUCUCGUUAAUCACACCAACCAAAAGACCCUGUGGUACAGAUUCACAGUCUGAGAAUGAGGCUUCACCAGUGAAGCGGCCCCGACUACUGGAGAAUACUGAGCGAUCCGAAGAAACCAGCCGAUCUAAACAGAAGAGUCGACGUCGGUGCUUCCAGUGCCAAACCAAACUGGAGCUGGUGCAGCAGGAAUUGGGAUCAUGCCGCUGCGGUUAUGUGUUCUGUAUGUUACAUCGCCUCCCCGAGCAGCAUGACUGUACGUUUGACCACAUGGGCCGUGGCCGAGAGGAAGCCAUCAUGAAAAUGGUGAAAUUGGACCGGAAAGUGGGGCGCUCCUGCCAGCGCAUUGGGGAGGGGUGCUCCUGAAGGCCAGGUGCGGCCACCACGUGACGCUGUUCUUAGUUCACUAAUGUUAGCCUUAUUUAGGACAAAGUCAGCCAGACACCUGUACUGGGCACGCGUCGGACAACAGCCAGUCCGUUUCCUUUCUUUAGCCAGCCAUCCUGGUACUGUAGUUUAGGGGUUGAUGGUGGUUGAAAUUGAUUUCUGGCUGGUUACUAAGGUGCCUGCUAGCCAUUGUAUAAAAUUAAAACAUGAAGAAUAUUUUUUUUUGAGCAUGGCUAGUGGAUUUAAAACAACACAUACCUGUCACUGCUGGAGUCAAACUUAAAAAAAGCCUUAAGUGGAAAGUGUUCCAGACAGAGACUCUGAGUUAAUAGAGAAGUAGAAGCUGGUGUUAAAGUUCCCAUGAUGCACAUGGCUUUGCCAGAAACUCUGGCCAGUGUUCGGCCUUUCACCUCUUCACUUACUUAGUCCCAGUAGCCAGGAUACCUGAUGGCCACGUGUGCCUUGGCCACAGGAGGCUGCUGAGAUUGGCCACAUGGCUAGUGGGUGGUGGCCUUGCUCUCCCACAGAGCUGGAAAUGGGGGUGGGGGGCAGGUUCUUAUGAAAAUUUUUUACCUGACUUUCUUUGAAAAAACUCUCAUCACAGGAGAAGAGAAACAAUAGCCUAUCUUUGAAAAUUAGCUCCACUCAAGACUAGUCCACGUACGAGACCCACCUUUUCUACACAGGACCCAUGGUCAUGAGAAGUAGCCAGGGGCAGGCACAUCCUGCCCCCACUGGCUCUGGUUUGCCAUUUGCCAGGUGCAGGGACCUGGCGAUUAAUCACAUAAGGCUAAUCACAGCACAGCGGCUGCAGCUGGCAUCUGCACAACAGCCUCUGCAGCCAAAUCUCUGCACUGGGAGGUUGUAAAGAGGUGUUCCAUGGCCACCAGGAAUCAGUGGGACUCUGCCCCUUUCAGCAGGAGCCUGCACAGCCCCCAGGAGCCAAGAGGAUGGUGCUGUGGCCUCGCCUCUCGUGGCUGUGUGGCCCUGUAGUCCAAGGACACGGUCCACAUCCACCACAGAGCAAGUGUCAUAAGGGGAGGCAGCAUGUGUCAGAGGGACAGUGGGUUUGAUCUGUCUAGAGCAGCAGUUUGUGGCCAUGGCCCAGCUCUGAGGGAGUGUUUGCUCUGCCAGGCAGGGGUGGGAGGGCGUGCGUUUCAGCCUGUGCCUCUUCACGUGGGCAGAGAGGAGUUGAGUAGCCACAACUCAGGCCAGGUGGGAAGGGUGGGUGGGCCUGUUUGCCCAUGUCAGGAAAUCAUCACCAGUCAGAAGAGGUGAGGUGAGUAGACAAGAUUAAGAUUCCCUCAAAAGCCGGAGUCGGGGUAAGUGCCCCAGCGCCCCCGUCUGAUCCAGGUUGGCGAGAGUCAGAGGCUCCCGCAGAGGCAGUUCGGAUCUGCCCACACACAGGCUCCUGGAAUAGUUUAACCCAGCAACUUUCCCUUUUGUAUCACAGCAAACAGUUCAACUCUGUCUGCAAAUUAACAGCUGAACACGUGCAACUACAACUGUUUUUUGAUCUGAAAUACUGAAGUAGGAAACCACGCUCUUCCCAACCUCUUCCUCCCACCCUAUCCCCACCAGAAUGGAAUCCAAUGCAAAAUCUCCAGCCUUAUUCUUGCUUCAGGACCCAGACCAGUGUCUUGCUCUAGGGCAGCCCAGGGCAGAGGGACCAGGUCUGCCUGCGUUUACCACUGUUGUCAAGCCACGGCCCUCUGGCCAGUACUCGGCCAUCCUUGGUGAGGCAGCCCGCCUAGGCCCCCUGCCAAGCUCUGAUCCUGAAGGGGCCACCCUUACGCCCUUCUGGCCCUCCUCAGGCCCCACCAGCUGCUGCUGCGAGGCAGCAAUGGGAAGCAGGCUCUCUGGGGAGCCCAGAGGCACACAGGGCUUGCAGCCCAUAGUCCCUUCUUGAUGGUAAGAGCUGGGGGUGGGGGGAAGGGGCUUGUUCCCCUGCAGUAUCUGUUCUGUGAAGUUUGUCAAAUGUAAGGAAAGCUUAAAUUCUUGUAUCUUUAAAAGAGAAAAUCUUAUUUAACCCUUUUGUGUUUUAGAUUUACUUAACACACAUAGCCUAGAGCUCAGUUUUAGUUUUAACAUUGUGAAAAUAUUAAAAGAAUCUUGUAACUUUAUUCUUUUUCCUCCUGCUGAAAAAAAUUAAACCAAUCAUAUGAAAG